AUGUGUGGCAACUACUACGGCAAUUCCUGUGGCUCUGGCUGUGGAUACGGCUAUAGCUGUGGAUUUGGCCCCUAUUAUGGCCGUGGCUAUGGAUCCGGAUAUGGCUGUGGCUAUGGAUCCGGAUAUGGCUGUGGCUAUGGAUCCGGACAUGGCUGUGGUUAUGGAUCCGGAUAUGGCUGUGGCUAUGGAUCCGGAUAUGGCUGUGGUUAUGGAUCCGGAUUUGGCUGUGGAUAUGGCUCUGGCUGUGGCUUUUAUGGCUACCGGCCCCUGUGCUAUAGAAGAUGUUACUCCUCUUGCUGCUAG